UUUAAACGGUAUCUUACCUGACCAUGAAGUGUACACUAGCAGUGCUGUGUAGGAUAAUUAUUGAUCAAGGGUAUGAAAUAUUUGUUUAAAAAAGUCAAACAUGAGAUGAAUCUGGUGUGUGUGUCUCCUGUUCCCAGUUUGUAAACUAAGGAAGCUAAUGAUGACAUCAUGAAGGGUCUCUCAGCUCGGGUGAUUGAAUUCCACUUUGUUUUAUCUUCAAAGACAAUGUAGUAAAAAGGAUUAGCCUUAGAGUGGAAGAUAGAGGAAGACUUGCAGUAUUUAAUGUGACGAUUAAGACCCAGCAGUGACCUACUUAAUUUGCCAGUGAAGACCCGGCAGUGACCUACAUAUUUUACCAAUGAAGACCCCGCAGUGACCUACAUAUUUUACCAAUGAAGACCCAGCAGUGACCUACAUAUUUUACCAUUGAAGACCCAGCAGUGACCUACAUAUUUUGCCAUUGAAGACCCAGCGGUGACCUAUUUUUUUUCAGUGAAGACCCUUACCAGUAGCAGUGACCUACAUAUUUUACCAGUAGCUGUGACCUACAUAUUUUACUAUUGAAGACCCUACAGUGACCUACAUAUUUUACCAUUGAAGACCCAGCAGUGACCUACAUAUUUUACCAUUGAAGACCCAGCAGUGACCUACAUAUUUUAUCAUUGAAGACCCAGCAGUGACCUACAUAUUUUAUCAUUCUCUUAUUUCGAGUGUUGGCAAAGAACCAGUAAAAUUAAUGUUGGGUUUAUUGUUUUUUGCUCUGAUGUUGCAAUAUCAAGAGCUUAACGCUCGCGACACAGACAUGACUUGUGAUCCAGAUGUUCCUUCAAGACCUCAGCCUGGCCUUAAUGUCCACGCCAUAGCCAUGCCCCAGGGCGAUAUUCAUGUGGCCAGCUGCCCUGAGGGUGAGUACCUUGACUGGUACCGUGCUCACCGUGCGAAGAAGGAACAUUCAGAACAAAACAGAUGGCCGCACAAGAUAGACACUCGUGGUGUCAGAAGUGUCAGGAGCCAGGCUUGAUUCCAUUUGGAGAUGUUGGCAUUUUUGUUGAUCGUUUUGGUGCUGUACAAUCAAGGGAUUGACGCCGACGACACAGACGUCCAAUGUGAUCCAGAUAUUCCUUCCAGACCUCAGCCUGAAGUCAGUGCCAACGCCAUCGCCAUGCCCCAGGGCAACGUUCAUGUAACUACCUGCCCUGAGGGUGAGUACCUUGACUGGUACAAGUGCUCACCUUGUGAAGGACAGACAUUCAGAACUAGAAAAAUGGCAACAGAAGAUAUUCACUCUAAGUGCGUAGAAUGUCAGAAGACAGGCGCGUAUGAGGUCGUCGAAGAACUUUGCACCAAGACAAGGGACGCUACUGUCAUGUGUGAGGACAAAUUCUACCGAGCUCAGGUUCCCGGAACACCUUGCAAAUCAGAAUGCGUUAGAUGUGACAUCUGUGGUUUAGGAGGAAGUAUGUAUAAAAACUUCGAAGCACGUGAAUGUGGCGGCUAUAACAAUACCGUCUGCUGCGAACAGGAGAAUAUGGUUGUGAAAGAGGGACAGUGCGUGGCCAAAACAACAACAUCAACGAGCACAAGUAAAAGGGCUAGCUUGGCCUCUGGGUCGAAAAGAGUUACAGUAUUGUCGAAAAAAGAAGCUAGUCGAACACUUUUAACACCAAACUCUUUUAACGUGCGUACCAUCUCGGUAUUUAUGUUAGUUCCUUAUUAUUUGAUUGCUCUAGCCUGGACUUAACACGUCUGCAACACUUCUGCAUGUUUAGAUCAUUCGGUCGAUAGCACUGUGAAGCUAACUUAACGCUGACUCAGCGAACAUCAAAACGACGAGACAGAUUUCCACACAAAGUAUUUUGGUUAAUUGGUGGUAAUAAUACGGAAUAAGUUGUUGGCAAGGCAACGCCUCAUCUAAACUGAUGCAACGUCUAGAAAGCAUCAUUAAAAAAGCAUCAAAAAUUACACUCACAACAUUACCACAUUUAAAGGAACUUUUUGAACAAACGUGCCUAAGAAAAAUCGAAAAAAUCUUGGAAGACAACGGCCACCCGCUCCAUCAGAACUACGCCAGGUCGUCGCGAAGUGGGCGACUGCUGUCAAUCAAAACAAGAACGGAGCGGUACAAAAACUCGUUCGUACCUCACUCGGUCAGACUCUAUCACCGCCACUCAUUGAUCAGGGAACAUGAAAUGCACCAAGAUACCUGUGCGUAGUCGCUGAAUGAACUGAAUGUUGUGCUGUCUUUAUAUGAGAAACGAGUCCUUGUAAUCACAACAAAUUUCCGUAAGGAUCAAUAAAGCAGUCUUAGUCUUAGUCUUAGUAAAAUAUCUUUGUAACAACAUUUAUUCAUAAAAUGUUAUGGAACAUAUAUCAUUUGUGUUUAAUAGUUUUCCUAUUUUUUAACCACUAAACGGUAAGAAUAAUGUUUGAUGUUACACUAUUUGAUCAAGAUUUUAUCUGUUAUAGCUAACUGGUAUGCGAAUCAGUGAAAAUUGUAUCUAAGAACAAAAAAUAUUUAUUAAUAUUGGCCUAAUUAAAGUUAAAUAACAUUUUGUUUUUAUGUUUUUGUUUCAUCUGUAAAAAAAAAGUAAUAUUUUGAUUAAUAAAACGUAGCGCUUUG